CUGACCCGAACCUCCAGCAGAACCCGGGGAGCCUUGGACCCGAAAGAACCGGAAACCUCCACAAGACCUGCAGCAGACGACAAAAGUCGCCCGAAAAAGACCCGACGAGGACAAAACGGAGAGAAAAGACGAGUUCAGCAGAAUGUUUUCAGCAGCAAACUCCUGCAACGUGACGGCCGCCUGCCUCGUGGCCAUGAUGCUGAUGAUGAUGAUGCCGGAGGUGAGCGCCAUGCCGAAGGCCUCAAAGACACACAGGAAGUCGUCUGACGGCGCGCCGCUGGACACGGUCCCCCUGCAGCUGGACUCCGACACCCUGGUGGUCAGCGGGAACAUCCGGGUCCUGGCCAACGACUCCAUCUCUCCGUGGACGUACAACGUGUCCAGCGACGACUCCCUGUUCCCUCCGGUUCUGUCCGAGGCCCGCUGCCUGCUGCAGGGCUGCCUGAACUCUCACGGCCAGGAGGACCACGAGCUGGAGUCCCGACCCAUAAUGCACCAGGUGAUGAUGCUGCGCCGCAUCAAGUCGACGGGGGCGGAGUCUAGCUACCACUACCGGCUGGAGUUCCGCCGCGUGGCCGUGGGCUGCACCUGCGUCCGACACGCCUUCAUAGUGCAGCAAUGACGAGCUAACGGUUAGCAUAGUUAGCAUCAACUAGCUUCAGUAUGGAGACCUGAAAAAUAAUCUGCAGUAAAUGAACUAAUCCUGAUGAGCCCAAUCACAACAGAUUAUUUAGUCAAAACGAACCAAUGAAGAGACAGAACCCUGUCGUCACCACAGAACAUCUAAAAACAGCCAAAUAGUCCAAAUACAAAAACCUUCGAAGGCAGAAUUCAGAUUUUCAGUUAUGAGGAGCUCAGAAUUACCACAUUUACUGAAUUAUCAGAUUAUUGUCAAACCAGAUGUGUCGCCGACAUGCUGCUCACUGUUGAACCUUUCAUUUCUAUACAUUUUUCAGUUUUAUUAUGAUUAUUAGUUCAUUUAACUGCAGAAACUGCUCGACUACACGCACCCUGGAGCUGAAGUUAAAGCAAACAAAGUUAUUUAUGGUUUACGGUUAUUUAUUGAAGGGAUUUAUGAUCUCCAGCAGGUAUUUAUUGGUGAUGUUAUUUUAAUGUAUUUAUAUUGACUCAACAAUAAAGAAAAAGCACAUGACAAAGCA